AUGACUACUCCUGCUGAGCCAGCCACUGAUUCGGCCGUGAAGCCCGAACCUGACCUUGACACUUCGAUCGAACAAGAUAUCGACAUGAAUGCAGAACAGACCCAGGCCACCGGCGACGACAACGCUCCUCACCCAACGGAUGCCGAUCCCAUGGCCGCCGCGCCGCAGCCGUCCAAGAAGGAGACCAGCUUGCGCGAGUUCCUAGGCAAGAUGGAUGAUUAUGCGCCAAUAAUCCCCGACGCAGUAACAGCUCACUACCUCACUCUAGCCGGCCUCCCACCCCCAGGCACCGGCCCCAAUCAAACUCCACCACACCUCGCCCGCCUCCUCGCACUCGCCACGCAGAAAUUCGUCUCGGACCUCGCAGCCGACUCUUACCAAUUCGCCCGCAUCCGCGCUUCCAACAGUUCCUCCGCCAACAACCCCAUGGGCAGUUUGACAGCUGCGUCUGGUCUCGGCGGGCCCGCGGGCCCAGCGCCUGGAGGCCCUGCCGGCGGCGACAAGGGAAACAAGGGCAAUACGCAUCUCGGUAUUCAGCGGGCUGGAUUUGGAGGUGGGGGUUCGGGUGGUACGGGUCAGGGCCGGACUGUGCUUACCAUGGAAGAUCUUGGCAUGGCGGUUUCGGAGUACGGGGUUACCGUUAAGCGCGGCGAGUUCUAUCGUUGA